UACUUUCCCACUACCGUACUAGUAUGGAGUCUCUAUUGCGUACUGAUUGCCAUCAUCAUAAGUGUGUUCAAGUUCAUCAAUGUGGCGCUGCAUCGGAUGUACGACAAGGCCCGGACCAUGUCCGAUACCAACCUCAAGAAACCGGCCAAAGCACCGCGCGAAACAUCCGGGGAGGACGAAUCCGGCAUCGAGAUGCAGGAGAUGGGCGCUGUGGAGGUGGUGGAAACACCCCCGGUGGAUAUGUCCUCGCGGACGUCGGUCGAGCGGCACAGCGAUGAGAUCAGCUGUGCCAACAGCGCCAUCUCGAUCGACUACCAGGAACAGCAGGUCACGAGCACUAUCGAUCUCAAGGUGGACGUGCACCGGAAAAACAGUUCCGAAUCGAGCGAUAGUAAUGGUGGUGCCAAAGAUGGUGGAGGAGGCAGUAGCGAAGGGGCUGGAACCGGAGCCGGUGCAAAGUUGGUGGCUUCCGGUCAAAGUCAUUCGGUGGAAGGUGCAAGCGCUGCCGGUGGUUCUCAUCAUAAGCGAUCGCUCAGCACUCCGAACCAGGGAAAAUCGUCGGAUAUGGGGUCGGAUGUGCAAGGGGUUGUGCGGGGGAAAGAUAUGGUUGAUGGUGAAGAGGGGGCAACUGGGGGUGAUACGGUAAAAGAUGAGGGAAAGAAGAGUGCCACGAUGCGAAGACAUCAGUACAAGUCGAAGCGGAAACAACGGUUCAUGAACAGUCAGUUGCAGCGACAGAUCUCACUGGAUUCCGAGAAGAUCGGUAUGGGGAUUGUGUUUGCGGACGAAGUGGCCAGCGGAGGAGCGCAUCUUCAGAGGCACCUGAGUUCGGAGGACCAGAAUAAUAAGUCGCUGUUUCAUCAUCAUCAUCACCACCAUCAUAUGUUGGCGUUGCAGAAUCUCGAUCCGGACAUGUACAUGGAUCAUAGUUAUACGAAGUCAGCCGUUCAGUUAGCCGUAGAAAAUAUUCCCGGAGAAACAACGAGUAAGAUAUAUCUGCUGCAGCAGUCUACACCCAUCAGGAGGGACUCCAACAGUACAAUGUCGGCCUUGCAGCUUCCGACGAUGGCGGGAAGUUCUUCCGGGAAGAACCGUCGCCAUUCCAACACCAAUUCUAACGCGGUAGCUGGGGCGCGGCCACUGCCAAGGUCUCUGACAUCAGUUCGACGGAUCAAAAGCGCAGCCUUGGAAACGUGUAGUCCUUCCUCUAUCUCGAAUCUAGCCCCAACACAUCCUAACAGCGUCGAGGUAAUCGGAGGACAAACUCUCCGAAACCCACAGCACACGGUUCUUCCACCACCUAGUAAAAGCCUUUCGAGGAAUCCACAUUUGAAUUUGUUUCCCAAACCAAACGGAGAAAGUUCAUCGGGCCUAUUAGGAUUGGGCGUUUCUUUGAAUGGAAACGCCACAAACAACGAACCGGUUUAUCCGAUUGCGGAACAGGCCGAUGAGAGUACGCCGGUGAAGAACCAUUCGGAUAAAGUGGAAAAAUUCGAACCUAGUGAUUCGGAUAAUGCACAAGGUGAAGAGGAUGACGACGACAACGAAGAGGAAGAUGAAGAUGAGGAAGAAGAAGAUGAGGAGGAUGAUGAAGAUGAAGACGACGAUGACGAUGAGGCGACCAUCGAUCGGCUUCGCGGAGGAGUAAGCGAAGAUGAAAGUGUCCACGCAAUUCACACGCACAUCCAUCGACAUCAUCACCAUCAUCAUCAGUUUCCCGGAAGCAGACAGCAUUCCCAGCAGUCAAAUCCUGCUUCCCUCUCGCAACCGUCAUCACAGACGACAGGAGCUCUAGCGGUUGCACCUAUUUCUACCGAAGCUGAUCAGGAUACCGAUUCGGACCCAGAUCAACCGGCUCUCCUGCAUUCCACAGACUCCGAUACUGAGAACAACGCUGGAUCACGGUCUCCCCUGCUGGAACCACGGAACCGUGCACCGUUGGUGAUAGUGGAAGCUAAAAAUCCGUCGUGUAUUAUUCCGGCGCCGUUUGUGGGUACCAUUGACGGAGGGAUCAAGUUGUCAAAGUCUGGUGAUAAGAUGAAGAAAUCCUCGACCAUGGAGGAUUCGCCGACGAAACCGACGUUCGAGGAAAACGGAGGGCCGUCUUCUAGCGAUUGGGAGCAAGCGAGUGCCAGUUCCAAAGACUUGUUGAUAACAAAGGAGAAGGGUGGGAAGCUCGAGAAAGGGGGUAUUCCACGGUCCAGUUCGGGGAACACUAGCGAAGCCGUUGCAGCAAGCGGAAGUCAGAUCAAAAGUCAGGAGAAGUGGUUCGAGUACAGUUAUGAUCCGGCGGUUGAAGAGGGAUGUUUGAUCCAUGAAAAUGAGAAGAAAGACGGUAGUAGGAAGGAAUUGGAUAGGGAGAAAAGCGGAUCGAUAUCGUCGGAAGGUGCAGUGGCCGUCACUCGAAAUUUGGGGGCGAUUCCGAAGACAUCUUCUAGUAGAAUCACGGGUCGGAGGUUGAGUGUCGAAGAGAAUUACCCCAGUACAAGCAGUAAGAUCUACAACCGGACCCUGUCCCAGCGGUUGUCGGCAGAGCGCAUCCCGGAAAAUGCCACGGCAGCUCCGUUGAUUACAUUUCUAAACUACCGCUCGGAGGUUCCUAUUCCGCCGAUCUACCUUCCCGGUAACAGCUCCUUAUCGGAGCAACAAACUUCUAGCUUUACAUCGUUCCGGAGAAGGUUCGAUGGGUCGGAUAGGAGCUACCGGCAGAUUCAGUGUCGCCUCCGGAUGGCUCGUAGUAAACAUCCAGUGGUUUCGAUGGAACCGAACAACGGUGGAGCAGGUCCAAGUGGAACCAGCAAUGCGGGUUCCGGGUCAUUUCGUGACGACGACAACAACAACUGCAACUACUGUUUGGACUCGAUCGAUAACCCAACGACAACGUCCAGCCGAAGCGUGGGAGGUUCCAGUUCCACUUUUCACGACCCAACUGAGGUGCCUUUGAGUUUGUUCGUAGACGAACCGGAACGGUGGGUUCAGCUGAUCGAACGAGCAACGAUGGAAAACGUUAUAAAGGAGCGUAUGGCCAUGAAUCGAGCCGGAGGAAUAGGAUCUGCUGGGGACAAUAACAAUGCGUCGAUCAACUCCUCCGGAAUCGACAAAGCGUUGGCACCGACGGAGUACAGCCUGUCCAGCGCACACAGUGCCCUCGAUGUUGUGCCAAGAUCGAUAUUCGGCGAAGCCCAAAUACGGCCUAAGCGGUACUACAAAUUCCCAAUCAAUUUUUUAUGCUUCAAAGAACUGAGUAUUUCGAUGAAUCGGCUGCAGCUUUUGGCGCUGUUCGAUCGGGAUACGAACUGUUUCCAGGUGGCACUGGCAAUCGUGCUAUGCACGCUGGUGUCGCUCCUCGGUUCGACGGUACUGUACCUGAAGUUCUAUGAAGAUCUGUACGCGUUUAUCUUCUGUUUCGUUAUUGCCGGAAGUCAGUAUUCGUUGCUGAAGAGUGUCCAACCGGACGCUGCAUCGCCUAUCCAUGGAUUCAACAAGACUGUGACCUAUUCGAGGCCUAUCUAUUUCUGUCUGUGCUGCUCGCUGCUGUUGGGCGCCCAUCACAUGCUACGAGAGUACCAGAUGAAUCCGGAGUCGGUGAUGGAUCGGGUGACACUCUUCGGGUUUCACAUAUCCGUGAUCGAGUCCCUGCAGUGCAUCCAAAGCAUACUCUCCGUUGUGAUAUUGCUGUUUCCGUUCCUGUUCAGUCUGGGUCUGUUCCCACAGAUUAACACCUUCGCGAUGUAUUUCCUCGAACAGAUCGAUAUGCACAUAUUUGGCAGCAAUGCCGCCUGCAGUUUGCUGUCCGCGUUUCUUUCGGUGAUACGAUCCAUCCUGGCGUGCACUCUUCUGUUUGGACCAGCCUUCGGAGGACUGUCCGAAACGGGAACCCAACACGUGUUGUUUUCCAUGUUUUGUGCAUUUCUCAUCACCGUUUCGUAUCAUCUGUCGCGGUGUUCUAGCGAUUUCACCUACAUCUGGGCCAUUAUCAAAUCCAGCUUGAUAGUUCAUCCGGACUACGACGACAGCAGUAAAGAGGAUUCCAAGAUGUCCACCGAUUCGGAAGAUAACAAGAUGGACAACGACCACCAAAGAUCCAGCGAUGAGAUUCACAAAGACGUCGAUGAGGAAGCCAAUCGGGAAUCAACCAAGGAACUGGACGAUCCCCUUCCGAAAAAGCUCCAAGGCACGGUCACCGCCAGACUCAAAAACGACGCCGUUGUUUGUGUAGCCCUCUCGAUCAUCAUCUUCAGUCUGCACUGUAGUACGGUCUUCACCGUCCUUCAACCCGACAUCAACUACGUUCUCCAUACCGGUGCCUGUAUUCUCGGUUUCACGAUCCACUACGUCAUCCCACAGCUCCGGAAACAUCUUCCCUGGUUGUGCAUCGCCAAACCGAUCCUCAAAGCCAAAGAGUUCGGUCAGUUCGAGGUGCAGAAUCUGUCGAAAAUCAUGUGGUUCGAGACGAUGUACGUGGCGUUGUGCUUCUUCGAGCGGAACAUCCUCUAUCCGUUGAUCUUUCUGAGUGCGCUGACGGCUGAUUCCGGAGCGAUUGCCGGCAAGUUUGGACUCACCAUGGGAACGGCGUUGGUCGUCGUCAGCGGGUUGAAAUGUGUUCGAAACGCAUACUCCGACAUUGGUAGUCAAUACAUCAUCCUGAUUUUCACCGUACUAUUCUUCCGGAUAGACUACAAACUGUCCAGUGAGACCUUCCUCAUCGAUUACUUCUUCGUUUCCAUCCUGUACCGUAAGAUUAGCGAAUUUCUACUCAAGCUGCAAUUUGUAGUGACAUACAUCGCACCCUGGCAAAUAACCUGGGGCUCAGCAUUCCACGCAUUUGCGCAGCCGUUCAGUGUGCCACACUCGGCUAUGCUAUUCCUACAAACUGCCAUCAGUGCACUGCUGUCGACUCCUCUCAACCCUUUCCUUGGAAGUGCCAUAUUCCUGACGUCGUACGUGCGGCCGAUCAAGUUUUGGGAACGGGACUACAACACUCGCCGGAUAGAUCAUUCCAACACUAGGCUAAGUUCGCAGCUGGAACGGGAUCUCGGCGCGGACGACAACAACCUGAACAGCAUCUUCUACGAGCACCUGACCCGGUCGCUGCAGCACUCGCUGUGUGGCGAUCUGCUGAUGGGACGCUGGGGCAACGUCAGCCAAGGCGAUUGUUUCGUAUUGGCAUCGGAUUAUCUUAACUGCUUAGUCCACAUUAUCGAGCUCGGAAACGGGCUUUGCACCUUCCAGAUGCGUGGUCUCGAAUUUCGGGGGACCUAUUGUCAGCAGCGAGAAGUGGAAGCCAUUUCCGAGGAAGUGGAGGAGAAUAUCGGCUGCUGCUGCUGUACGGUUGGUCACCUUCCGCGGAUGCUAAGCGCUAAUGCUAUGUUCACCACCCGCUGGUUGGCGUGGCAAGUGAUGGCAUCCAAAUACGUCCUGGAGGGAUACUCAAUUUCGGACAACUCGGCAACCGCUACCCUGCAGGUUUUCGAGUUCCGUAAGGUUCUCAUAUCGUACUACGUCAAGAGCAUCAUCUACUACGCCAUUCGCUCGCCAAAACUGCUCAACUGGUUGCAAUCGCAAGCCAUCGAGGAAGCCCUGGAGCACACCCUGGAUCGGCAGUUUGUCGAUUUGGAUCCCGUGUUCAACCACAAUCUCGACGACGACUAUGACUUCCGGGCGGCGGGGGUAACCCGUGCUAGUUUUUGGAACGUUUACGGCGAAUGGAUUCAGUUUUGCUGCGAGAAGAAACGGCAACAGAUGCAGGCUGCACUCAAUGAAAAGAAUACUCCCAAAAAGAACCCGGUUUCGUCGGCAGGGGUAGCUAGUACGACUGCAGCUGCCAAUGCAACUACGGUUUCGAGUGCUUCGGCGAACGAUGCCAGUGCUAAGACAGCAACAGAUGGGGAGACACCGAAAGAGCAAAGCGAGCAACAAAGUAGUGGAACAAGGCCUAAUCCUGCGGAGCGCGGCGAGUCUAGUACAAAUGGGGCAGCGACUUCGAGCUCCGGUAACAACGGAAGCUCCAUUGCCGGCACAUCUAGUCAGCCGUUUUUCAGCUCGAGUCGCGAAUCGUUGGUUACGUCCCUCUGUAUUUCGUUGGCUUUGCUGGCCCGACGAACUUUGGCCACUGCCAGCCACAGUUCAUCCUGCGGGGUGGAGUUUUUUCUCCACGGACUCCAUGCACUGUUCAAGGGUGAUUUCCGGAUAACUUCGACCCGUGACGAGUGGGUCUUCGCCGAUAUGGAGUUGCUCCACGGGGUGGUGGCUCCGGCGGUCCGGAUGUCGCUAAAGCUCCAUCAGGAUCAUUUCCUGUGUCCGGACGAGUACGAUGACUACGAAGCCUUGUUCAACGCCAUCGAUUACCAUACCAAAGAGCUGGUCAUUUCGCACGAAGCCGAUCCGUUGUGGCGAAACGCCGUCCUGCGAGGUACUCCGAAUCUGCUCGCCUUGCGUCACGUUAUGGACGACGGAUCGGACGAGUAUAGAGUUAUAAGACUGAGUAAGCGAUUCUUGAGCUUUCGCGUCAUUAAACUGAAUCGCGAGUGCGUUCGAGGUUUAUGGGCGGGACAGCAGCAGGAGCUGAUCUAUCUCCGGAAUCGGAAUCCGGAGCGAGGGAGCAUUCAGAAUGCGAAACAAGCUCUUCGCAAUAUUAUCAAUUCGUCCUGUGAUCAACCGAUUGGUUAUCCAAUCUAUGUGUCUCCCCUGACCACAUCCUACGCGGAAACGAACCCUCAGCUGUGUCGCAUAAUCGGCGGGGAGAUUACGUUGGAGAAGAUUGUGGUGAUGGUCAACGGGUUCUUCAACCGCGUGAGACAACGGUGCCGCGAAGGAUGCAGCAGUGGAAGUGCAAUAAUAGACAACGAAAUGGGGGAAAUUCAGGGGGUUUACUGUAAUACACCAACUCCGAACAAUACUCUGUCGGGAACGGCCGGAACGCUGUCGUACGGUAGCCAAAAUAUGUCACUUUCUGGGGCGGCAAACCGAGGCAGUCUGGCCAGCAUCAACAAACCGACCAGUUCGACGUUGUUAGCUGGGUUGCUGAUUCGAGAACGUGAUGCGGAGCGUGAUGUUUUGCGGGAUAGGGCUGGUGUAACGAAACGUAAUUUAAGUAGCAACAGUAAAGAUCGGAUAGAUCGAGCACUGGCCGCUUCCAAGAGGGAAUCCUUCAAGGAAGCGCUGGCCAGUGGAAGUGGAUUGGGGGCAGCAGCAGCAGCAGGUAGCGGUGGAGUCGGAAGUAGCAAUAAUUCUAGUCUGAAACAACAGGAGAGCGUCGAGUCCACAUCCGGAGGGAACGCGAAAAGCAACGCCUCGUCAUCGAUGAACCUGAACGCGCCAAACACAAGUGCCACAACGAGUGCCCCGGCCAACAGCGGGUCCGUCAUGUUGACCCUCUCGCCACCCUCCGAGAAUUCGUACACGAUAUUUUCCAUGACGGAAGUGUCGAGUGCGGAAAGGCUGGACGGAAGUGGUGGUGGUAGUGGGAUGGCUCUGGCAAAAGAUAGAGCUAAUCGGGUGAAUGCAGAUACGGAUGAACCAUCGCAAACGCAAUGGGUCAAUGCUCCACCGGCUAUUGGGCUCAAUAGGAAGGUCAUCAUUGUGGAUGCUGCACAGAUCUACGACUGUCUGGAUCUUGGCCGCCGCAUUGAUGUUACCUGGCCCAAUGAGCAAUUCCGCAGUUACGGUGGCCGAUCGUCCUGGAAGGACUGGCAACCGCAGGAAGGCAUGGUGGGCAACACCGUCCACUACUGGCAACCGAACCAUCCCGAUCAUCACUUCCGGUCCAACGUCAACCGCACCAUCAUGCUGAUGAAGAUCGGCGAACGCUACGUGCCAAUCGGCGAAAAAGGCCUCAAAGAGUACAACACCAUCGGGCUGGUUCCGGCAUCCGGUGCGGCCGGGUCCGGAUCGGGUUCGGGUUCCGGCUCAUCUUCUUCGGCCUCGGUCGUCGCUACUGGAUCGGUUAGCAAGCAACCCUCGACGGAAGCACCUCUCACAGUCGGCAGCACAACGGUAAGUGAUUCUUUUGCUACCACCAGUAGUCCUCCCCAGGCUACAAGCCUAACUCUCGUGGAACACCCGGAAUGCAUUUGUGAUGAUCCCAGUGCAACAACCGCCAAACCGGAUUCUCCUGCCGUGUCCUCCGAUCCGACUUUAGUUUAGGAAACCUUUCCGUACACGCAGAGCGAGACGGGAGCAGGCCUUUUUGGCAUUAUGCUAUGUGGCCACUGUAUGGCAGAUAGCCUACUCCCAGAGACACAAAACCGUAAUCAAACAUUCGUACUGGUGAUAGAUCUUUAUUCCUCUUGUUCCAAGUCUUGUUGUUACCCUGUUAAGAAGCCUAUAGCGUGAACGGAAGUGAAAACGUUUCACUAGGUCGUAGGGCAGUCAUAGCGAAACUUUUUACAAACUCACUCUUACUACACGUUGUUUUUUUCUAAGCGCCAUGAUAAAAUCCAAGACAUUUUCUCUUCCAAAUGUCGCCUUACUACUACUACUAUCGAUACGCUCGUGGGCGCCCGUGGCGAGCGAAUAACUCUAGAACAAGAAUAAUCAUCGAUGAAACUGUUCAAAAGACUAUAUUUGGUGGAGUGGCAGAGUGCGUAUAUAGCAGUUUUAGUUCCGCUUUUUACAUGCAAUUCGGUUAGAUGUUGAAAUUUUAGGUUUGUUAACAAUUUUUGAUUGUAUAGUUCUGUUUUUCUAUUGUGCGUAAUAGCCCAAAUAUAAUAAUUUUGCGCUAAACCAUGCAAUGCGCUGGUUGAAACCACACUCUCAGAAAACAAUGAAAUUCUAAGGAUGGGAAAACCUUGUUUUUAAAGCAAUUUUGUUCAUAUUGUCAUCGGAAAAACUUUAAAAUUGUGUAAAAGUAAAGUUUGAAACUUUUUUAAACUGUUAGUAUGGGUAAAUUUAGGAAAAAAGUGUGCUAAAUUACUGAAAACAUGAGAACUUUACAUCCACAAUAUUUCAUUGGAUUCAGAGGGAGAGCCUUCAACCCCAUAGCCAUGUUGUUGGCGUGUAAUUCUUCAAUGGUAGCAACAUACACACACACACAUUCAUGUAAAUUAAUACUCUUGAAUGAUUGAACAAAACGAAUGAUGCCCUUUCGUUUACGCUGUUUAAUCUUCAUAUAAAAAACGAAUAAAAGAAAACGUCUUAUGGUAGAUAGCAUAAAGGAACACGCGUCUGAAACGGAGCAAAUGCCAAUAAAGAACACAUACAUUUGUAAAUUAUGAAUAGCGUUUACUAGGAAGACAGUUCGAAAUGUUGAUAAAACUGAUAGAAGGUAAAUUUUAUUUUUGUAAAAAAAGAAAGAUAGCUGAUAUUGUUUCUUUUGGACUCGCAAGGAAAAGGGAGUAAAAGAGAAUUUUUAACAAAAAAAAAAUGUAUAAGUUUUAUCGCAAAGUGCUGGAGUGUUAUUGUUUUCUCCCACUUUGUGGGUCAGGUUUGUGCGUUGUUUGCGUUGGGGCGAAUGUGGAGUGACUGUGGCUCUUAUUGUGUGGAUCACUAUGCGAUAAAGGUUACUGCAAAAGAUGAAAAUGUGAUAACUAAGAGUAAGCAACUUUACCUACACUGAAUUUAUUAUUAAAAUGCAAAUGAUCAACAAUUGACGCAGACAGAGACACAGAGAGAGCAAAAAAGAUCGUUAAAUUAUUGAAACAGAUGUGUUGAUAUGGAGAAUUACAGAAAAUUUAAAAUAUCACAAAUAUAUUGUAGAACUGGUUUAACGACAGCGCAGAAAGCUAUUACAACAAAUCAGUGUAGUUAGAACUAUUGAAUAUUAUGAAGAAAGUUAGACAAAGCCGUUAUUUAACUAAACUUCGAUUCUCGCUUUUAUUUAACGGAGAACUAAUAGAACAACUUUUUUUGAUCAACAGAUAGUGACUGGUUAAGCCUUUUUUUUAAAUUGCGAAUAAAAUAUAAAAAAAAAAUCAAUAUUGUUUUA